AUGUCUCCAGCGUCGGCUAUUUUCACUCCCGCGUUCGACCCCCCUCCGCCGGAGAUCGAAGGGCUGUGCGAAGCCGUGGAGGAGGAACAGCAGCAGUUGCAGCGGGCGAUACAGAAGCAGGAGAGGCUGCAGAAGCAGCAGCAGCUGCGGCUGCUGCGGAUCCAGCAGGCGGAGCGGCAGCGGCAGCAGCUGUUGGAGCGCGGCGGAGGAGACGUGCGGGCCCCCGUGCGGCUGCUGAUUUUGGAUGACAUCGAUACGGAUGACGAGGAGGAGGAGGAGGACGAGUUCAACUUCGAUGCGGAGACUCCCGGUGUGCGAAGCUGCGGGAGCGGGCGGGGAGGUGAUGGUGGUGCUGCGCUCGCGGGAACGAGAGGGUUGGAGGGACGUGGGUCUGGGAAAUCCGGCGUUAGUGAGCCGUCUCCGCGGUCUACGAUCGGACCGUUUUUCCAGUCCAUAUCGAUUCAGUCCACUUGCAGUCCUGAGACGAGUGACGUCGAGAGCGGGGAGGGAGCGAGGCGACGUAAUAAUCAGGCCAAGGGACGUGGGCUUGACGACAGCGGCGGCUCGGAGUCUGGAAGCGCGAAUGAUGCAGCAGCGUCGGACCAGCAGGAAGGAAGCAGGCUAGGGUUGCUCAUAGGAAGAGCUUCUACCACGGGUAAAGAGGCAGCGACGGAAAUUGCUGCUGCCGCUCUUCGCGCGCUGCGCAAGGGAGGGAGUGAGGGGACUAAUGGAGGGGGAGGGAAGGCGGGACGGCCUCCAGUUAGUCCCAGGACGGCAUCUGGCAACAAGGGGAUGUGGGACGCUGGUUUUGGCGCUGUUCCUCCUGCUAUCGACUUGCUUGCUUCUGCUGCUGGAGAGGUGUCCAGAGGUAAUAAACAAUCGGGGAAAGGCAGCGAUGACGACAAGUGCUCCUUCUCUGGGCCUUUGCAGGCGCGUCUCGGAGCCAGUUCAAAGAAUGGCACGUUGAAGAGCUCGUGGAUGGAGGAGAGGGGUAACGGAAAGAUGACGAUGGAACUGGACAGCACAGAAGAGCAUGAGUCCGAUGGGGGUUGCUCGCCCGGGGACUCAUGGAAAGGAGGACAGACCCGGCUGAGACGCAUGGCUGCUCUGCCUAUGGCCCCUGGGGCUAGGUUUAAGGCUUACACUGAGCAGAGCUCGCCGUGGCUGAGUGGGUGGAAAGGUUCGAAGAGUGCGAACUCUUCGUUGAAAGCUCCUGAUAGCGAGGGGGAGAGCAGCAGGCUGGCGAAAUUGUCGAAGAAGCAUUUGGCGUUUUCGCCAGCUGAAUUCGGUUCGGCCACGCGGAUCGUGUUGCCAUGGGAGGUUGAUGGUGGUGUUGGUGGUUCCAACGACGGGGGCUGUGGGGAAGCAUCCAGGAGCCGCCAUGUGGCUUGGAGCGCUGACUGUGAUGAGGGUGGCAAGUCUGGAGGGGAGGCAAUGGGUGACUCCGCAACCCCGGUCGCGUUUCUCCUCCCCGUGCGCUCUCUUUCUCCUUCUUCCGCCUCCGCCUCAUCCGGGCAACGCUACGUAGAUUGCCCGCUCCGCCCGCGAAUUCCGCUGCUCCGCGGUCCGAACGUAAUCGGACGGCGCGAUCUGGUGACGCGUGAGGAUUCAGCUUGUCUGGCUGCUGCUGCUGCUGCUGCUGCUGGUGCUGCUGCUGCUGGUGGUGGUGGUGCUGCUGCUGCUGCUGUCGCUGCUUAUCAUGCUGGAGGUGGUGGUCCACGCGGUGACGGGGAGGGGCUGUGCUGGCCGCUGCUGGGUAGAGAAGGCAAGAACCCAGUCGUCAUUCGUCCUGCCACCACCCUCGGUCCUGCCACUGCCCAUGCUUCUGCCUCCGCCCUUACUCCUCCCACACUCGCUCCUACCACUGCUGCCACUGGUGCCGCUGCCGUUGCUGCCAGUGCUCCUGCGGGGCAGCAGAAAGCAGAGAUCUUUCCUGCAAGGGUGGUGCUAUGGCAACGGCUCAAUUCAGAGGGUGUGUUGAGGGAGGGCGAGAUAUUGGAGCUAGUCCCCUAUGGCCUUGCCUACCGCUUCACCUUUGCUGUUCCUUCUGCCGCUGCUGCUGCUCCUGCUGCUGCUGCUGCUGCUGCUGCUGCUGCCACUGAUAUUGCUGCCAGUGCUGCCGCCACUACUGCUACUGCUAGCGGGCUUACCACUGGUGGUAAUGAUGACGUGGCAGCAUGUGGAUGCAGGCAGGAGAGAAACGACCAGCUCUCAACCGCGGCCUCCCCUGCCUCUUUCCGCCUCCUCCACACGCCUGGUCUGCCCCGCCAUGCCAACAUGGAUUCUGUAUCACUCUCCGAUCUCUUCCAGGCGCCUCAAAAGGCAGAGGGACGUGAAGUGUCCACUUUUGAGGCGCCUCAAAAAUGGAUUCUUUAUCCCUCUCUGAUCUCUACCAGGCAUGCCCCCCUGCUCACUCACCUCACCCUUGUGCCUCCCCCACCCACCCACCCACCUCGCUGCAGCCCUCUCUUCCGCUCGUCUCUUUUCGUCACCGCACGUGCCUCAUUCUCGCCUUUUGGCUUGGACCUCAUGCUCUCCUUGUUCAGCUCUCCUUAUUCCCCUCCCCUCGUUUUCUUCCCCCCACUCUCCCUCCCCCAUUCUCCUUGCCCCGUUCCCCUCCCCCCAUUCUUUUCCCCCCUUAUUCACCUCUCCCCAUUCUCCUCCCCACAUUCUCCUCUUCCCGAUCUCUGCUCCUCCCCUUCCCCCCUUUUUUUCUCCCACUCUCUCCUCUUAAAGCCUGUCAAUGGAGAGCCUCUAGAGUGGGCAAUCAUUUGCAACUAUAUGGUGGACCUGGAGUGGCUUAUACAGGAGUGCCCUGUGCUGCUGACCGUGCCGCGGGUGGUGCUCAUGCAUGGAGAGAGGAGCGACACUGCCGCUGCUGCCAUGCAGGCCAUGCUUCCCCCGUCCUUCCACCUCCACCGCCCCCCUCUCCCUCUCCCCUUCGGCACGCACCACACCAAGGCGUUCCUCCUUGGCCGCCGCGCAUCCCUCUCUGUUAUCAUCCACACAGCCAACCUCAUUGCCGUUGACUGGCACUUCAAGUCCCAGGGCCUCUGGCAGCAGACGUUUCCGGUUAAAAGGAGGGGGUUUAGGGGAGUGGAAAGAGAUGGAGGAGGGGUGGAGGGGAGUGGAGAGGGAGGGGGGGAGGCGGUUCUGGGUAAGAGGAGGAGAUGUGAGGGAUUUGGGGUGGAGAGGGGUGGAAACGGAUGGGAAGGGAUGGUUCCGGUUGGAAAGAGUGUGUGUGGGGAAGGGGGAGCGGAGGGGAGGGGGACGAGAGGGGACGAUGGGAUGAGGAUGUGGGAAAGGGAGGGGCGUGUUGGGGAGGGGAACGGGAGAGGGGGAAGACGGAUGCAGGAAGAUUCUGCAGGGGCAGAAGACAGGAGCUGUUGUUGCUGUUGCUGCUGCUGCUGCCCGGGAGAUGGAAAUAGAGAAGAGAAAGGAGCACGUACAGAUGCGGCAGAAACGGCAGCAGCAGCAGCGGAAGCAGAAGCUGCAGCAGCGGAGUGUUCAGGAAGUCACGGGGAGGAGUUUGAAGAAGAUUUGGUGCGGUACUUUGGGUCUCUAGGAUGGAGCGGUUGCAAUGUGGUGGUGAUGACGAGUGGUGGGGGCGAGGAGGGCGUGGGGGAAGCGGGGAGAGAGUGGAGAGAGGGAGGAGUGGAAGGAGAAGGAUGCAGGAGGGCAGAGGGAGAGAAGGGCAGGAGGACAGUCCCGGUGGGGCGAGAGGAGGCGAUGGAGGAAGGGGGAAAAGGGGGAAGUUAA